UUCAGGAGGGCGGAGCCGCCCGCCGGGGCUGAGGAGCGGGCGGGCGAGGAGAUCUCCUCCCCUUUUCCCUAUCCGCGGGAGUUAACGGCUGGGCCUGCUCGGGUCUGCCCGAGUCUCUUGGGGCUCAAACCGGGAUCUAAAAUCUUCACGCUGACAACAAAGAAGCUAGAACAAUGGGAGUGACUAAUCUGUGGCAAAUCCUUGAACCUGUGAGGCAACCUGUCAACUUGAGCAGUCUCAAUGGAAAAACACUUGCUGUUGAUUUAAGUCUGUGGGUUUGUGAAGCACAGACCGUUAAAAAGAUGAUUGGAGUAGUUACCAAGCCACAUCUGAGAAACCUAUUUUUUCGGGUCUCGUUCUUUACCUCAAUGGGAAUUAAACUAGUGUUUGUCAUGGAAGGAGAGGCCCCCAAAUUGAAAGCAGACACUAUGAGUAAAAGGAACGAAAUGCGCUAUGGACCUUCGAAGAACGUUGGAUCUACAAGAACAGGGAGAUCUUUAUUUAAAUCCAUUUUAAAAGAGUGUCUCGAGCUGCUGGAGUGUUUAGGUGUCCCGUGGGUUCAAGCAGCCGGGGAAGCGGAGGCAAUGUGUGCCUACCUGAAUGCAAAAGGACAUGUUGAUGGCUGCAUUACCAAUGAUGGAGAUGUCUUCUUGUAUGGAGCUCAAACAGUUUACAGGAACUUUGCCAUGAAUGCUAAGGAUCCGCUUCUUGACUGUUACACAAUGUCCUCUAUUAAAGAGAAGCUUGGUUGUGACAGAGAGUCUUUGAUUGGUCUAGGGAUUCUUCUGGGUUGUGAUUAUCUUCCAAAGGGUGUUCCAGGAGUUGGUAAAGAACAAGCUUUAAAGUUAAUUGAGACUUUGCGAGGUCAAAACUUAUUGCAAAGGUUUGAGCAAUGGAAAGAACAAUUUCAUUUUGAUAAUAAUCCACCUUUGGUUGUUAAAAGAGUAACUCACUGUUCUGAGUGCCAUCAUCCAGGCUCUUACAAGGAACACGAGCGCAGUGGGUGCACGUUCUGUGAAAGCACUAGAUCCUGCAAACCCAGUGACUCCAAAUGCUGCUGCCCUUGUGAGUGGCAUCAGUUGGAGCGAAUGAGACAAGCGAGAGCAGUGGAGGACAGUAUCAGAAAAAAAGCCAACAGUUGUGAGGGCUUUCCAUUCUCUGAGGUUAUCCAAGAAUUUCUUGUAAACAAGAAUAAAUUGAUGAAGAUAAAGGAAUGCCAAAGGCCAAAUUUAUUGUCAUUUCAGAUCUUUGCUUCUGAGAAGAUGGAAUGGGACAAACAUUAUGCUUGUAAGAAACUGCUGACACUACUGACACAUUAUGAUAUGAUCCAGAGAAAAGCUGGAUUCAUUGAUUCAAAACAACUGCAGGCAAUACGGAUAGCCAAGACACGUGUUAAAAAUGGAAUUCCUUGUUUUGAAAUUGAGUGGCAAAAACCAGAACAUUAUGUUGAUGCAGAAGAUGAGCCUGCAGGGUUGUUUGUCGUCACAGUAGAAGAGGAGUCUUUGUUUCAGGCUGCUUAUCCUGAUGUUGUUGCCCUUUAUCAACUGGAGAAGUCAGAAGUUCUGAAGAAGAAACAGAAAAGCAGGAAAGACAGACCAAAAGAAAAGGAAUUACCAGAGGUUUAUGAUGAAGUUAUCGAUCUUCUGUCUCACUUGAAUUUAAAAUCUAGAUGUGGAAUUCCUCCUGUGCCAGUCCCCAUAUCAGAUACAAAAACUCCUGCAGAAGAUCAGAUCCACCAGAGAAGUACUGAGUCAAAAGUUCUGGUGUCAGCUGUGGCUCCCUGCAGAACUACUGUUCAAAUGGCAGCAGCAGCAGCUGCUCGUCCUCCGACUGCAUCCCCUCACUCCCUCUCGCAGAGAACCUUGGCUGACUCCUCUGUAUUGCCAGCACAAUUUACUGAAAAUUCAGGGGUAUCAUCCCCUUCCUCUGCAACAGCUGAUUUACAACUGAGCAGUAUUGAUUGGGCAGGAACCUCCUUCAGCGCUUCAUCAGCCCACGAGGAUGAUCCAGCAGCUGACUGUAUAUACAUAAAAACCUCGUAUCCACUAGGUCAUGAAACAGUAAGAAACAGCUCAGAAUAUUCUGAUGCUGGGCAGUCUGAUCAGCAUCAUUCUGCAAAUGAUUUGGUGUCUGAUGAUGCUGUGGGUCAAAUGGAGAAGUGGUCUUUAAGUGAGCGAAUACUUAAGAAGACUUCCAUUCCGUCAAAGCCUUUGUUGUCUGAAGAUGUAAUGCAACUGGAGUCUUUGAAAUGUUUUAAACAAACAAAAGAAACAUUGAAUCAUGAUAAAUAUAUUAUCUCUUCCUCAUGUCAGUCAAUUAAACUAAUGCAGGAGAGUAAAAAUGUGCUAUCAGAAGACUAUUCAAGGGAAUCCAGCAUGCACAUUUAUCAACAUCAGUACAAAAAAGCUGACAGCCUGGCCGAAAUGAUGCAAAAAGACCAUAAUCUAAACAGUUCAACACCUCUCGCCCUCAGUGGGCAAACUACAGAGACUCUGCAUCCUGGGUGUGAAAUGCUUCCAGUGUCUCAAAAGCCAGCAGAUGUUGUAACUGGCUGUCACGUUAAAAAACCGUGUACUCAAACUGCUUGGAAAACUUCUUUUAAAAGGAGUGUGUGUCAGAGCAGAUGUUCUUCUAGUGAAGACAGUGAUGAUGACAAUAUGAAUAAAAAACGUAUUUAUAAGCAGCAGAACAGUCAAGUGAACCCCGGUCAGUCUAAAAAACAUCUCACAAAGGAAAGGAGCGAUGCUGUUACCAGCAAAAGAACAAACAGUGACUCAGUCCUUAUAAUUAAAGAGAAGAAGAAAGAGACUAAUUUAAAAAAAAAUGGUGAUAGUUUGUCAUUGCAAGGAUCUCCAAAACCACCCUCUGAAGGGGAAGUGAAUUGUUUCCAAAGUCCAGAGCAAGCGCCUGAGAGGUCGGGUUCUGGUCCCACGCAGCAGACUGAAAGUGCUGUUCUGACUUAUGCCUGGGCAGACAGUCCCCUUCCCCUGUCUGAAAGACUGAAAAGAAGAAUGAAAAUCAAUUAGGUUCUCCAUAAAAUUAUGAUAACAAUUAACCCUGAACCUUCUGUUCUUACAGAGCGCUUUCUCAAAACGUCUGCAGUGUGCUCUGUCAGUUCUAAGUGGACAUAGUUUUGAUGAAUAAGAAGUGCUCUGGAAAACCUCAUACUGGUGCUGAAGUUUGAAACAAAUACUAGCACAAGUACUAAAUAGCUGAUUAUAGGCAAGUGCUAGUUAUUCUGGACUUGGUUACACUCUGAACUUGAUACGUAAGCAUCAGGGUAUGGUGUACAAGGUAGCAAGAGGGUUUAUUUGUGAAAUGAGCAAGGGUUUUUUCCCCAGCCAAUUGUGAGGAUUUUGUGUACAGCUAUUAGUCCUUCUGCUUAUAAAAACAGACUUAUUAAAAUAGUGCCUGCACUGCAGUUGGAUGGUCUUAGUAAGACAAAGUGAUACGGCUCUUUCCACCCAAAAAUUUUCCACUCUGCUCCACUAACUUAAUUUUGCUAGUUUUAAAAUGGGUUUUCAAAUCAUGGGAUGCUGGAUGUGUUGAUUAUCUCUGAAGAGCCCAAUAGAGAUAUGCAGCAGAUGUACCUUGCAGGGUAGCUAAAUUUCAGUUUGCCCUGCCCUACAGUAAACUGUUGUUUUGAGUGUGUGCAUCCUCCAAAGAAUGCAGUAAGCCACGUAAGGAUAUUCUGGUUUUGUAGCUGUCGCAUCUAGUAUUUAGGGAAAUCUGGUGGCUGUUUAGAGGUUGGGGCUUUUUUUUUUUUUCUUAAAAAUAUAUAUAAUAUAUAUAGAUAAUACAGUCUGUGAUUAGCCAAAAUGGCAAUUCCUUAUUUUCCUCUUUGGCCAGAUGGAGAAAGUUUAUUUGCAAAUGAGACAUGUAUUAUGGAAAUGAGCAAAAAAAAUCCAAACUAUUGGAAACUUAUUUUCAGUUUUGAAGAUGGUCUCUCUUUCUGGAGGUUUUUAACCACCCAGCUGAUGUGAGAGGGUGCUAGAAAAAUAGAAUUGCUGUGGAGAGUAAGAGUAGCAGUCACCUGGGGACCAUAAAUGGAGAGAGAUUCCUUAUGCAGUGGUCAGGAAUUAAGAGAUCAGACCCUUUUUUGUGGAAAAAUAUUUUUAUUGGUUAUGUAUGAGUCUUUUCCUUGCUGCUGAUUUUGAAUACUGGAUGUUGGAAUUGAAGAGUUUGAAUUUUCGUUAAUUAAAAAUGCUAAUAUAAUGUAAAAGACCUCACUUUUGUUUGCUCCCAGUGUAUGAGAAUGUGCUCUUUUAUUUGAGAUGUCAUAAAAUUUGACACAUAGUGUGUGGGGGGCUGUAUUUUAGGGUUUUAUUUAUUAUCAGAGGAAAGAGUGGCUUUUGAAGGGUUUUCUAUUUGUUUUCCAAAUCUGGCUGGAUGACUGCCUUAAUGAAUGAUUCGCUGAAAAUACUGUGCCAGAAUUAUGAUAAACUCAUUUUUUUGCAGAUGAUGGAAACUAGAAAUGAGAUACUAAGAACUGCAGAAGGAGGGGGGGAAGAUUAUGUUGCUGAUUAUUGCUACAAGUACGUCUGGUUUCAGAAACACAGUUCAAGCCUGAAAAGCAGAAAAAUAUCUGGUUUUUUUCAUUUGCACUGCAUCUCAAUUUUGCACAAGUUACCUACUACUGCUUUAGAAGCAGCAAUAGAUGUGAAAACAACCCUAUAGGAUGCCCUCUCUCGUUUAAGCUGUAACUGCUCAUUGCAGCAGAUAAAACAAGAAAUUUAUCCUUGGGGGUGACUGUUGCUUGAAUUAAACUUGUUAUUCAUUACAGAAGGGAAAUUACAGUUUUUAAAGUGUUUUGAUUUCUUAUCUUUCUGUAAUUUACUCAGUCUAAGUUCUUUGGAACUGUUUUUACCCUGCCAAAGCUGGCUGUUUUGCAACCUCUCACACUCGUGAAGAAAACGGUUAAAUAAAUCGAGUGGGUGUAACACAUAA